GAAUUUUCUGGUUUGCCGAUAAUCCCCAGCCUCCCCUCCGAACCAGAAACUCCAAUGCACCAGGUGGAUUUGGAGCUGGCAAAAAAAAGGUUUGGCUUCCUGAUGUCUCCUGAGAAGGGAGCCGAAGAGUUUCUGUCGGGCAUGAAUUACGGUCAAGUUGAGGUGUGAGAGAAACGAUGGAAGAGGAAGAAAAUGAAGGCAAAAUGGGAAGAAGAAAAACAAUACUGUAGUUUUCUCUAUUAGGGUUUAAUCCUACUGUGGGCUAAGGGAGGAUUAGAAGAAUAGGGAAAGAAAUGCAAACAGUUUGAGAGGUAGAAGUUGGAAAAACCCACACAUAAAUUGGAGGAUGCUUAAAUAUUUGGAAUUACAUAACACUGACUCAGGUUUCCCAAAUCUGGCACUGUCCAGAUACACUGAGAUUAAAAUUUGCUGGAUUCCUAGCCAGCAAUGCUAAAUAAAUCAUGCAACAUCUUAAAACCACUAAUGGGUUGGAUCAAUAUUUAGCUUGAAAAUGUUGCCAAGAAAGAAAUGGCAGAUUUUGAACUUCCAGUGGAGCAGAAUAGUGAAGAAACCUUGGAGCCAAAUAUUGCCGGUGUAGGAACUCUGCCAGAAUUUAACCAAGAAAAUGUCCCUGAGUUCUUCUACAGGGACCCCAUUAGUGCUCAGUUCCAACCAAACCCAGAAAUUACUGGGGCCUCACUGGGGCCUCAAGAGUCCAUGACUUGCCAAGACUUGUCUACUGCUGAGAGCCAACAUGUGGAGGUGGAAGAUCUAGGAGACCGUUUCCAGCAAUGCAUUGAAGCAGUCGAACAACUAGAGGAGGAGAGGGACUGUCUCAUUAAGGAACUCACUCUCUUACGCCAGCCGGCUCUCAAGGAACUCCAACGGGCCCAUGAAGAGAUUCUGGAAGCCUACAGGCUCCAUGCCAAAGUAGAGCUGGAGAAGGAUAACCUGUGGGAUGAGGUUCGACAGGUGAAGCAGAAGCUAUUUAGGGUGACGCGGGAAUGCGUGGCCUGCCAGUAUCAGCUGGAAACCAGGAGGUACGAAGUCACUCAGCACGUGGACUACCGAAAAGAACUGGAAAACAGAGUCAGCCAGCUCUCAGAAGAACUGUCCCAGUUGAGAGAGACUUGUGAGGAAGAGAAGGAACAUUUUAGGCAGAGGCUGAAGACUCCACGGCAUGAGAGGAGCAGCCGUCACCUCCAAGAGAGCCGGCGGCUUUCCAUGGAAUUUGAGAGUUUUGUACUGGAGAACCGUCAGUGCUUGGAGGAGCAUUACGAACCGAAGCUGAUGCGCCUCUUGGAAAGGAGAGAAGCCAGCAGCAAAGCCUUGCAAACGACACAGAGUGAAAUCCACAGACUGAAGGAGACCCUGAGGCCUCUGCAGGGAGAAGUCAGCAAGUUGCUACUGCAAAACAGGAACCUGGAGGAACAGAUUUUGCUGAUAAAGCAAAAGCGCGAUGAAGAGGUCCUGCAAUACAAGGAGCAAGUGGAGGAGAUGGAAAACAGAAUGAGGGAACUGAAGACUGGAGUUCAACUUCAGCAACGAAAGAACCAAGAAUUGGAAGAACUGAAAGCCAGUUUACAUCAAGAACUGUCCAUUUACAAAGGCUGCUUAGAAAUGUACGGGCAACUCUGCAAAUCGGAAGUGAAGGAAGAUGAAGACUGAAUCCUAUGCAGAGCCAUCUUUCCCUCUGCUUACCAAUAUGGACUCCAUCCAACUAAUACUGGUAGCAACCAAUAAGCAAGAUUUCUAGAAUGAGAGUGCAUUUUUACUGUCAAAAAGGAUUAUGAUUUUUGAGAUGUGGCCAUUAUGACAGAUUUGAUGUUAACAGACUAGAUAAGCAUUAUCAACAACUGUAAAAAAAUACUCACAUGACAUGUCAAAAACUUUGUGUCAAUAUUUAACUUUCUGUAUAAAACUUGCUUAUGAAUAGUGAAGGAAACUUUUCAUAUAAGAACUGCUUUCCUAUAGGGGUUUUUCAAUCUAUGACAUUCGAUCAGCAACCAUUCCAAUGGUAUCAACCAUUAUGACACCACCUGAAUGGUAGUUACGACCAGUCAUUGGACUGCUGGCUGUCCCAGCAGCCCCACAAUCACAGGAUUGCAACUUGGGUGAUUGGCAAACUUAUCUGCACUUACAACCAAUUGCUAAGGACACCAUGAUCACCAUUUGCAACCAACCUUGUACACUUCUCCAGAAAAGUCAACAAGGAGGCUAGCAGGAAAAGUUUAUAUAAGACAAUUUAUAUGGACGCCCACCCACUCAGUGAUUCUGAGGAGCAUAAAAAAAAUAAAAACCAAAAUCAUAAGUUUUAAGGCUCUCCAACUCACAGGGCACCUCUCACACACCCUCACUGUGCCCCCUCAUCCCCAGCCCACAGUGGGUCACCUGCCUGCAAGCCUGGGACUGGCAACUUCCCCCAGAUUUUGAUUGUAGGAACCUGGCAGGAAAUUGUCUGCCCUAACACCAGGUGACAGCAACCAGGACUGCAGGAAUUGCUGCUGCUAAGUGGUGUGGAACAGAACUACUAAGAACAGAACUAUUGCAAAAAAGCUGCAUAAGCACAACCAAACAGCUUCCAACAUUAGGACCAUCUUGAUUUAGUCAGUAACACAUAAUUACUCAAUUUUUAUUCCCAAUGGCUAAGAACAAUUAACUUCAGCUAUGUGAAUAGUCACUUAGCAACCAUUCAGUUACAUGACUCUCCCCCCCCCCCAAAAAAAAGCUACUUACCUUUUUCUUCCCCUGAACCCACACCCUGCAUCCCAGCAUCACACACUCAUUUUGGGUGCUUUGCAACCAGGCUCACCUUUAUAAUUGUUUGCAGCAUCCACAGUCACAUGAAAAUAAUUUGUGACACUUUUUAUUUCUGGCAGAAAAUACAUAUUGGGGAAAAUAGAUUUGUUUAAUGUCCAUGGAAUUCACUUAAUAACCACAAAAAUUUCCAAAAAAUUGGGUCCAAUCACGUGAUGCCUCAAUUUGUGACCAGAAUGAUUUAGGGUUGUAGUUCCAGGCUCAAUUAUGAUAGUAACUCAAGGAGUAUCUCUAGCUCCUAAGAAACCUAAAAGACAAACUUUUCAAUAAUAUAUAAUUUGGUAAAAAAUCUAUGCAUGUUCAAAUGAAGAAAAAAAGACGUCACAUUUUACAUUAAAAAAUGAAUUUAUUUAACUUGAAGUUUUUUACAGGGUUCAUGAAGUUACACUGGCUGCUGGUGAAACAGUUAAAUCCACACAGCAAAUAUUCAGAGGCAAACUGAACUAGUUUCAUCAUUUUGUAUUAUGUAUAUCUGCUACCAGUGUUCAAUUCCAGAAAGCUGGGCAUGAGGUCUGCGAUCUAUCACUCAGCUGAGACACCUUUUACAACUUGGUCUCCCAAGUUAAAACAUAAAAACAAUUAACCAGAAAUGAAAGAUAAAACACAUUUCAAGAAAGAUACAGAGACAGCUAAGCAAUGUGCAGAUAUAUAGGCUAUCACCAUAUUACAUUCUUAUGCUAACAUCCUAAGAUGCCUUAUUGGAAAAUGAUAGACGGAACAAGAUGCUACAGAGAAACCUAGGAAGAAAGUCUCACUGACAGCAGCUAGAGGUAAGAAUGAGAAGUGAUGAGCCUGCAUUGGAUUUACCUACGGCAAGAACUUGAUGAGUAGAGAACAAAAGUAACCCCAAUUCUUUUAUUGGAGGGCACCAAAAGUAUUUAUAAGAGAAUCCCCUCUGCAACUUGUACUGCAACAGUUAGAGCAUACCUUGUAUUGUUGUUUAAAAAU